AUGUUGAAACGAACACCAACUGGAACAUGGCUCCCAGCCUGGGUGCCGGAGUCAACAUUGACUCUUUCGUUCUUGUUGGUGGUCUGCUCAACUGUGCAGUCAGCUACUAACGGAUAUGAUGGCUCCAUGCUUAACGGGUUGAAUAUUCUGCCCAGCUACACGGACUAUUUUCAAUUGACUCCGGCCACGACUGGGUUGAAUACGGCAUCCGUUUUCAUUGGUUCUACUCUCGGAACUCUCGUUGCAGGCGUUUUGACCGAUACGUUGGGUCGUCGCCCAACUAUCUUCUUGGCCUCAAUCUUCGCACUAAUCGGUGUUGCGCUCCAGACAUCCGCGCAGAACAUCGCCAUGUUUGUCGUUGCCCGUAUUGUCCUUGGUCUUGGAAGCGCUAUGUCCGGUGUCUCAUCUGGCGUGUACUUAUCCGAAACAUUUCCCAGUCGGUGGCGUACUUGGGGUGUCGGACUAUUGAAUGAUUUCUAUUACGUGGGCGCCCUUAUCGCUGCCGGAGUAACUCUUGGAACCGGACAGUGGCAGUCAACAUGGGCGUGGAGGGCACCAUCUCUGAUCCAAGGAAUAUUUUCCAUACUUUGUAUCAUCAUAUUGCCUUUCGUCCCCGAAUCACCGAGGUGGCUAGUUCACAAGGGACACUUCGAAUAUGCGCGAACAUCGGUUGCUCAAACUAACUCCAAUGGCGAUACUCUGGACCCUGUUUCAGUCGCCAUAUAUAAGGAGAUCGUUGACGCACUCGACUGGGAGAAGAAAGAAGGCCGGACGAUGAGCCCGAAGGAGAUCUUUAAAACUCCAACAGCGAGGAAGCGUCUACUCAUCGGAGCGUCGGCCGGACCUUUCUCUUGUAUCGCCGGCAACAUCAUUGCGUCUUAUUAUCUCAAUAAUGAAUUGACGAUGGCGGGGAUUACUGAUACAAAUGACCAACUUAAGGCCAACGUCGUCCUGAACGUCUUCUGUCUUUUAUGUGCUCUGGGAGGAUCGUACCUUUCCGGCACGGCUGGCAGGAAACCCACAGCGAUCGUAUCCCAGACUCUUCUGAUCAUAUUCUUAUUCGUAAUUGGAGGUCUAACCAAGAUCUAUGGAGACAACCCGUCGGGUGCCUCUACAAGUCUUGUAUACGGGAACGUGGCCGUCAUCUUCCUUUUCCAAGGUGCAUACUCGCUCGCCUGGACUCCUUUAUUGUACUUAUAUCCGCCGGAAUAUUCGAUUCGAGCUAAUGGCUUGGCUUUCUCAGCUCUAUCAUUGAACCUGCUCGCAUGCGUGUUGGUGUACGUCAUGCCUAUCGGUUUGACCAAUAUCGGAUGGAGGAUGUACAUGAUUAAUGGAUCAUGGGAUAUUAUUGUCUUGGGACUCAUCAUUGUCUUUUGGAUCGAGACGAAGGGUCGCACAUUGGAGGAAAUAGAUGCGAUUUUCGACGGCGAGAAGCACUCCUCUGUUCCCGAUGUAGAAAUGAUAAGAACGGGACAAGCCACGAUAGAUGUCGGCGCGAUCGAGCAACAGCUUAAGUCUGAAUAA